AUGAGCGAUCAACAACAACCGGAAGAAGGCCCGCGCCCAGCGCAACGCCAGCGUAUGGAGGAGCAGCUCCAGUUUGCAAAGCACUUGCUUGCCGGUGCACGCGGGAAGGAAGCCCACACCUAUGAAGGCUUGAAGAGCGAACACAUCACCGUGGAGGAGGGUGCCUUCUCCCCUCGGUGUGCGCUCAUCAUUGCAGACUGUGAAGACUGCACCAUUGACGUGGAAGCGCGCUGCGCCAAAGUGUCCAUCCAGAGUUGCAGCAAUCUCAAGCUCAACCUCAAGGGCAAGAUCAUCACGCACAUGGUGGAAGCGAACAAGAGCAAAGGCCUGGAUGCCAUCAUCCAUGUGCCGGUCGGCACGCUGCAAGUGGACGUGUGUGAGGACUGUGACGUUGUGUUCCAGAAGAAGGCCGACUUUGGGACGGCGGUGUGGGUUGGCUGCCACAACUUCCGCCUCUCCUUUGCAGACAGCGAAGACCACAAGUUGCACACGGGUGUGAAUCGUGUGCGUGAGGAAUAUCCAGAGGUGGACGUCGACAAAUGCCAGUUCAAGGGUGGGGGGGGGGGGGCUAGAAAGCGAUAUGGCAAGGUGGUGACGCUGGGAGAAGACACGAAGGUGACGGUGGUUGAGGACGAGCUGCUGAACGAACCGCUGAUGCGACUGCCGAAUUCGUUUCCGACGACGCAGCGCGAACACAACGCCUUUGAGGCGCGACGGGAACGCAACAUGCAGCGAUUGGCGGACCACCUCGAACAGCUCAUGCCGCAACGACAGCAGCAGCAGCAGAAUGGUGACAGUGAUGCUGGUGACGAUGCUGGUGACGAGAGAAGUCAACAGCAACAACAACAGGACAGCGGUGAUGGUGACGCUGCUCCCCCACCGCAGGAGUGA